UUGUAGUUCCGGGUCGGAGGCCGCCAUGGCGCCCGAGGAGGCGCGGGCCCCCUCAUUGCCCCCCCCGGGGCAGGAAUUGGGGGAGGGUCUCCCCCAUCCCCCCAGUGAAGGGGGGGGUCUCCCGGAGCCCCCUUUUUUGGGGGGGGAGGUCCCGGGGGGGUUCCCGGGGUACCACGAGCGGCAGCGCCUCGAGCUCUGCGCUCUCCACGCCCUCAACAACCUCCUGCAGAGACCCUGGAUCGGCAAAGACGCCAUGGACAGGAUCUGCAGGGGCCCCCUGGAGCGCCUGUGCCUGUCCCCGGUGCUGGGACUGCUCCUCAAUGUCCCCUCCCGGGUGACAAUUGGGGGGUGGUCGCUGCCCCUGAGCCGCCCCCACUGGGUGGGGGUCCGGCAAUGGGGGGGCACCUUCUACAACCUGGACUCCAAACUGGCCAGACCCCUCCCCAUCGGGGGGGAGGAGCAGCUCAGGUCGUUCCUGCGGUCGCUGCUGUCGAGCGGCCUCUCCGAGCUGUUCCUGGUGGUGCCGCGGGACGUGGAGGCGGCGGGGACCUGGCUGAGCCCCGAGUGACGUCAGCGGUGACGUCACCCACGAGCCGGUUUUUGGGGGUGGUUUUAUCCCCCCCUCUCCGUGGUGUUUGGUGACGUCAUCGAAGCCGCCCGGGGUCAUCCCCCCCACCCCCCCCGGGCCCAAAUUAACACUCCACCCCAACAAAUAAAUUGAUUACAAAUGGUG